AUGGAUAUAGGUGCCGUAACAAGAGAACAAAACUUGCAAUUAAAAAGCGACGCAGACGCAUGGGAGAACGCAUCAGUCUGCGCUACCGUUGAGACGGCUCCACGCCCCCGCUGGGAGCGUGUGAUGUACAAAAGUCAACCGUACCCUCCCAACUACGUCAGCGAUGAUUUUCUUCGUGGUAUUAAUGAGAAUGAAACUAAUUCAUACACCCUUAUGGAUAUAUGGCCUAAGACUAUGAUGCUCACGCAACACUGCAGCACGAUGGUUAUUAUGGCACGGAUGUUCAUCCUUAUAAAAGAUGGCGUCAUACCAAUAGAGUGA